GGAAAGAUGGUGGAAUGAGAUGGACAUCAUUACCCUAGGUACAUGCAAGACUGCACAUACGGUGUGAUGCUGCAUCGUGUACAACCAGAGAAAAGAAAAGUUGUGCUGCAAUUGUGGACAAUGAAUCAAAAUGCAUUUUGCUGUCAUAUACACCUAAUUUAAAUAAAUCAAUAAAUAAGCAAAAAGGAGCCUGUGUCAAAAUCACCAGCUUUAUUAUUUGAAUAUAUCAAUAAUAUGGAUUUUAAGCAACUCUACCAGAUCUGGACAGACUUUGAUACACUUUUUUUAAUGUAGAAACUACUUAAAGAUCUGGAUUACUGCCACAGCAAGGGAAUCGUGCCCAGGGAUAUGAAACCUCACCAUGUUUCAGAUCACCUCACAGUGACAAACACCAACUAAAAACAGCUGCCGCUGGUGGACUGGGUCCUGGUGAAGUUCCCUCACCCUGCUCAGGAGUACAAUGUACUUCAAGGUACUUCAAGGGACCAGAGCUUCUUGUGGACUGUCAGAUACAUGAUGACAGCUGGGACAUGUGGAGUUUGAGCUGUAUGUUGGCAAGCGUGGUAUUUCAAAAGGAACCCUUCUUCCACAGACAGGGCAGCUGUGGCCAGCUUGUUCGCAUCGCCAAGGUUCUGGGUACAGAUGAGCUGUGUAGGUAUCUGAAGAAGUAUCAUAUAGACUCAGAUCCACGUCUCAAAGAUAUCCUGGGACAUCAUUCACAGAAACGCUGGGAAAACUUUAUGCGUACUGAGAACAGGCACCUUGUUAGCCCUGAAGCCAGAGAUCUUUGGGAUAAACUCCCACAAUAUGACCAUCAACAGACACUGACUGCCAAAGGAGUCAUGAAGCUCCGGUACUUCUACCCGACGGUGAAGGAGCAGUCCCAGCCUUGGGCAGAGAAUGCUGUGCUUUCCAGUGGUCUCACGGCAGCCGGAGGAAGACUGGAGAGUGACAGGUAAUGCAGCCUUGAUGCUUGCCAAUAAAACCAGCCACCAAACACAAACCUUAAAGGAAACUACAGUGUUUUGACUGGGCAAAGGAGAGGGAGAGGAGGGUGGGUGCAGGGGGGCAGGAAAGGCGGUGGAAUGAGAUGGACAUCAUUACCC